AUGCGACCAACGAAUCUCCCUCGGCACCUUCAAGGCUCCACCAACUCGCAGAACCAGCCACUUCGCAAGAAUCUGUCUUUCGAAGCCGGAAUCCGUCGUCUAACAGAAGUACCCGGUCUUGCCGUCGGCGGACCUGCAGAUACGCUCGCCGUAGACAUGGACAGAGCCGAAGUCGGCGUCGAAAGCCGUCCAGGUGGACUCGCCAUGAGGAGCGUCGGAGACACAAUGGUCGGCGCGUUUCCACGUCAAGGUCGAGUCGAAGCAGGACACGGAGACGGCGGCGCGACCGUCGGCGAACUCGACGUCUAA